AAGAAAAUAAAGGUUUAUCCCGCUCUUCAUUCAUUUCAAUUUUCGAGGGGUUUUCUUCUUAAAUAAAUAAAAGCUCUAAUUUGAGGAACAAAUAAGCAGAUUGAGAGCAAAAGAUUCCGGCCGAUUUCCAACUUUUCCGACGAGAAACCGACUUCCUACUCACUCUCUGGUUAAAAUCAAAUGGGUAAUGAAGAAACCCCACAAUCCAGCAGAAGAACAACACGAUCUUUGGCUUCUGCAAUUCCGUCAGAUAAUACUUCAGAAGCACCAAGAAAGAGUAUUUCUUACAAACCAACAAUUUAUGAUCUUAUAUAUAGGAAUAGAGGUGAUAAAAUUUCAAGUUUGGAGAAUCUUAUUUCUAGUUUUCCUGGUAGAAGUAGUCAGAUUACUGAGGUUUUAGGUCAUUUGGGUCCCUUGAAUUCCCCUAUGUUUCCGCUAUUUAUGUAUGGUGGCGCUUCAUCCGGGAAAACCAGCAUUGUUCUCGAGAUCUUUCGAUAUCUUAGGCGGCCAUUUGUGUAUUCAAGCUGUGUUUCAUGCUACAGUCCUAGGAUUUUGUUUGAGUCCAUCUUGAAUCAGUUGGCAUUUCAUAGAAGAGUUGAGGAAUAUGGUUACUCUAGUGUUAAAAAGUGUGAUAAGCCCUCUGAUUUUGCCAACUUUGUUAAAGAAGCAUUGGUUAGUGUUUUGGAUAUUUUAAAGGGGAAAUCUGCGAAAAUGAGUGCAAAGGGAAGGUCUGCAGAUGAUUUGGGGAACAUGAUUUACUUAAUUAUCGACGAUUUUGAGCUUGUUAGAGAGUGGGAUAAAAGCUCUACUGUUUUGCCUUUUCUGUUUGGUCUCUAUCGUAUGCUGGGUUUGCCUGAAGUUGGUAUUAUCUUCAUAAGUAAAGUGUCUCCUGAUGGUUUCUAUUCAAAUUCUGGUCAUAUUGAGCCUAUCCCUCUAUUUUUUCCUGGAUAUACAGAGGAUAAUCUUCGUCAAAUUUUCAUGCUGAAAAAAGAAAAAUCAGACCUUAAUUCCUGUUUCCUUGAUUUUGUACUGAAGCCUUUCUCAAGAGUCACCAGACAAGUUGAUGAAUUGUCUGUCGCAUUCUGUCCACUAUAUGAGAAAUACUGUGAGCCAUUGAAAGUUCCUGGAUCCAACUUUAGCUGGGAAACCAAACAAAAAAGAGGAGAUGCAAAGAGAAGACUUUUUAGUCAUCUUGUACCGCAUAUUUCCCCUUCUCUUAAUCAAGUAUUCAACAUUUCAUCACAUGAUGUUAAAGCUACAUCUGAUGUAGUGAAGGGAAGGACAAGUGUAAAGAAAUUGGGAACACAAGAUGACGAGUUGGAUUUCCAUUUGUCAGUUUCAGCAAAGUAUCUUCUUAUUUCAGCAUUUCUUGCUUCAAGAAAUCCUGCUACUCUUGAUGCUUCAUUUUUUGAUUCAACUGGAGGUCCAUCAAACGGCAAAAAGAAGAGAAAGUGUUCUGAGAAGUCAACGGAGCAAAAGGAAAUGGCGGAGCAGGAAUUACUUUUGAAGGGGCCUGGGACUUUUCCCUUGGAAAGGUUAUUAGCUAUCUUCCAGUGCAUCACAUACGGAGCAGACAUAUCUAUUGAUGAAGAAGAAGAGGUGCAUGAUGAUGAUGAUGACACCCUGGAAAACCAAGGAGCUCAGAAUGACCUCACUUCUAAUGUUCUCCUGCAAGUGUCUAGUCUCUGUAAUGCUAACUUCAUAAGUAAGGGAAGCAGUUGUCCGUUGGAGGGCUCAACUCGUUACAAGUCUACUGUUUCAGAAGAAUUGGCUGUGAAGAUAGCAAGGAGCCUGAAGUUUCCCAUUUCCCGAUACUUGUAUAGACGAUGAUAUUGGAAUGCAGAAAGUCAGUUCUAACUUUUGGAGUACAGAUCGAAGAUGAUUGUGUUUUCUUCUAUUGAUCUGCAAAAUGUUGCAUGUUGAUGGUCACUGAAAUAAUUGACAUAUGAUGAUACUUGGUUGAUUCACCCUCCUUUUCACUAAUUUGGAAGGUUGUUUGGCCUCAACUCUUGGCUGUAUUUCGGGAGGAAGUCCUGCACAGUUUAGAAUGCAAGUUUCACAGCUGAUUUACAGGUAUAUGUUUCCUGCUGCUAUUAGAAUCAUGUGUAGAUUGAUUGGGUUUGCAUUCUGAAGCCAUCUGUUACAAUUUGUUCUCUGUUUGUAACCUUAUACUGUAAUCUUAUAUACUAACCCACAAAUUUGUUGAGAGAAUGUGAUCAUCAAAUGAAACGUAUAUGGCGAUAUGUGUGGAAAAUGUAAUUUUUGAAGUGAGAUCAGAUUAUGCAGUGUGACUAAUUUCAGUUGAUUGCUUAAUGUACUAUUAUUGCAUUGUAUUCUUCUUUA